AUGAGACUCGCCUGCACGCUCCUCGGCGGGCUGGCAGCCACGGCUCUCGCCGCUGCCUCGCCCAGCAGUGCUCACCCAUCAGCGCCUCUCGGACGGCCUGUCCAUCUCGAACGACGUCAGGACCAGCAGCAGCAGCCCGCUUCUCAGGCGCAGCAGGAGGCCCUCUACCAGCAGGCCAUGACCGAUCCCGUCGGCGCCGCCAAGGUCGCCCGGGCGCUCCCAUUCAUUGCCGGACAAUUCGCUACCGGUGACCUGUACAAGUACAACGUCGCCGGAGACGGUCAGCUGCCCUGGAACUCUGGCGUCUACUAUCAGCCCGAGGCCACCGUGAACGGCAGCGUUGAUGGCGGCUGGCAGGCUCUUCCCGAGAUCCCAGACUUCCAGCUCAACAGGACAUGGACCGUCAAGGACGGUGCCAUCAUGCCCUUCUACCAGACGGCCAACUACGACCCGAAGCAGAUCAAGCGGGCGGUCCUCGUGAUGCCUGGCAAGCCGCGGGACUGCUGGAAGUACACGUCCAUGAUGCAAAACGCCCUCAGCGUCGAGGCGGCCAACUCGACCUCUGGCGUCACCAACUCGUCGGUCCUCAUCCUCGGCCCGUGCUGGAUGAACAGCGACGACCAAAAGGCGGGUGCCGUGCAGCCCAACGAGCUCUACUGGUACGGGUCCCAGUGGCAGCGCGGCGAGCUCUCUCGUGGUCCCGGCAGCGCCUCGAUCUCGACGUACCGGGUGCUCGACGGCUUCCUCGACAUGCUGUUUGACAAGGACCAGUUCCCCGCCCUCAACCGCGUGGUGCUGGCGGGCCACAGCAUGGGCGCCCAGAUGGUGCAGCGGUACGCGAUGCUCAAGAAGUCGAGGCCGUACGACGCCAACGUGGCCUACUGGGUCGGCAACCCGGGCAGCUACGCCUGGCCGAGCUCGGAGCGGACCUACGCCAACAGCAGCUGCGCCGACGUCGACACCUGGCCGUACGGCGUCGGUGGCGACACCAAGCAGCUGCCCGCUUACGCGCGCUCUGACGUCGAGGCUAACAAGGACGCCGUGGUGGCCACCUACCGCAGCCGACACGUGCACUAUAGCUUGGGACUGCUAGACAAUGGUCAGGGCGACACAUCGUGCCAGGCGGCGACGCAGGGCGCCAACCACCUGGAACGGGGCUGCGACAUUGUCACGACGCUGGGCGACAUGGCAGGCGGCUUUCCGAGCAACCACACGCUCAACCUGAUGCCCAACGUCUCGCACCAGGACUACGAGAUGAUGUCGUACAACAUCUCGCUCUACCGGCUGUUUGCCGAUGGGCUCGAUACGCAGGAGGGGUACACUGCUGCGGCCAAGGGAGCCGGCUCGAGGAGCACGGGGGCCGGUGGCAAGGGCGGCAGCUCUUCGGCCGCCGCUGCCGCCAGAAUGGAUGUUGCCUCGCUGCAGGCCGGCCUGGCCCUGGGAGCCGGGCUGGCGGCCGUCGCCGGCGUCCUGACGGCGCUUUGA